GCGGCAACGGUCGAUUUUCGAAUCACAGGCAGGCAGCUUUGUCGUCUUCUGUGCUGGUUGUCGGCAUAUGAAGGUCGAGCGGCCCUAUCCCCCGGCAUGUCGGAACACUCUUCUGCAGUAGUCGCGUGCGAGGGUGGCUCCCAAGGUGAAUUUCAUGGCUGACGUGCAAAGGAGAUUGCCUCUGCUCGUACUCGUUGUCGUCGUGUUCCUUAUCGUCGUCUUCCUCCACGUGUGUUUGUCGUGGCGGCUGUGGAAACAACAUCGCAAGAGGAGGGCUUCAACGAAACGGGCGGCAGGGGAACAUCCGAUGGAGGGCAUGCAGGCACGCGCAGGUGUUGGUGCAGGUCAGGGCGGAAGACGACCUCCGACUGCGGAGCCUCCACGGCGGUACGACCCAUCUUUGUACAGCCAUCUAGAGUCGUGGGAGACGCCACUGCCCCCGUCGGACGAGGACUCAGAGAUGGAAGAACUUCCAACGUUGCCUCUUGCCAGCGGGUCGACGCAGCUGUUGUCGCAGACGGUGCGAGCAUGCGGGUCGGCUAGCAACGAAGCCGGCGAGUUCACCUCACUGCUGCACCAAGGUUUGGGAGACGACUACGGCGGAGGACUUGAUCUCAGGUUCGGGUUGUGUUCUGGCGGCGCUAGGGAGGCGAGCCGCACGUUGAUCAUCGACGCCGAUCCUUCGCCACGUGGCGUUCAACAAUCCGGAAGUCAGCAUAUGGAGCACUCUACACUUCGUGGCGGUGCGUCCGUUACUAGCGGUGUCGGGCCAUCAGCAGUAGGCCGACAGCAUGGAUCGAGUGCACCGUCCGCCGAUCGAUUGACAAGUACCUGCCCCUCACGCAAUGGAGUCGCAGCCGGGUCCCUGCGCAUCGGCAGUGCACGUCCUUCGAUGCCCAAACGCACAACGUCGACCCAACCCGACCUUAGGGACGACGGCGCGUGCAGACCAGCGGUGCGUCCAGAACCCACUGUGGAGAACAUCACACGAGGAGUGUCAAACAUGCGGGCACACAGCGAUGGCGGCGACGACGAUGGUGGUGGCGGUGACGAUACCGACGAACGAUUAAGGGAGGACGUGGAAGCAGGGGACGACGACGAUGACAUUCCUAUUCGGCCUUUGGGGAAGACGGGUGGGAGGGGGAGAGGACGCAGCAGAGGUGUUGUUCGUGGUCGAUCCGUUGGUCGUGGGGGCAGAGGUGGCGUCAGCGACGACGGCGGGAAGUUUGCGACGUAUUAGUCUCCGAAAGAGCAAAUGCAACUGGUGAG